UUCACACUUGUCAGUUAUUCUCAGAAGUUGUGCGAGCAGCACACGCGUGUGACGUUGGUGUGUGUACAGACUACAGUGUAGUGACAUUGUAAAAGUAUAUUCAAGUCGUAUCUAUAAUAAUACACAUAUAUUACUCAAAAUGGUUACAAAGAAUGUUAAAAAACCUAAAACUGAAAAACCAGAUAGACGCAAAGAUAAAAGCAACAAAAUAUGUAAAGGAAUGAUUGUGAAUAUAUUGAUAAGCAUAUACUUUACUCUCCGCUAUUAUUUGGAUAUGUUAAUCGACUACGCGUUUUCACUUUAUUGGGAUGAAUACCGUCAGCAAUUGCCAAAUUUAGAGAAAAAACAUGCAAUGCUUAUGGAAAGUGCAGUGAAAUUAGCUGAGAAAAUACGAAAAAAAGAACUAAAAUCUGAAGAUCUUGUUACUGCCUGCAUUGAGAGGAUUAAACAGGUGAAUCCAAUUCUAAAUGCGGUAACAGACCAGAGAUUUGAAGAAGCUCUGAAGGAAGCUCGAGAAAUUGAUAAGAAGAUUGAAGACGGACUUCCCGAUGAGGAAUUUAAGAACAAACCGUUUUUGGGGGUACCUUUCACUGCCAAGGAGUCCCACGCUGUUAACGGGAUGCUCCACACUCUCGGUAUUCGAGCUCGUCGUGAUGUCCGCGCCGAGUACGACGCGGAGUGUGUGAGGUUGCUUAGAGAGGCCGGGGCUUUGCCCCUCGCUGUCACCAACGUACCAGAAAUCAACAAAUGGCAGGAGACUCGCAAUAUGGUCUUCGGACAGACGAACAAUCCUUACGACACGGGCCGCACUGUCGGCGGCUCCAGUGGCGGCGAGGCAGCCCUACACGCGGCGCUCGCCUCGCCUAUAUCACUGUGUUCUGAUAUUGGCGGCUCGACUCGUAUGCCCGCCUUCUACUGCGGUCUCUACGGGUACAAUCCCACGGCCGGACACACCAGCCUUAAAGGAUCAGCUCUCCGGAGCGGUGAGGAUCCAACGAUCGCGUCCAUCGGCUUCGUCAGCAAACAUCCCGAGGACCUGGCACCUCUCACUAAGAUCGUCGCCGGCGAGAAAGCCGGAUUGCUAGAUUUGGAUAGGAAAGUCGACAUUAAGGAUAUCAAAUUCUAUUACGUCGAGGACGUGAAAGAUUUAAGGAUCAGUCCCGUGUGCAGCGAGCUUAAGAAGGCCAUGCAUAAAGUAACAUCGAAGCUGUCGAAGGCGAGCGAAGCACCGAAGCGGUAUAGUCACGCGGGGUUCAACCACUGCUUCGCGUUAUGGAAACACGCCAUGACACGAGAAACCGAAGACUUCGCUAAACUACUCACUGACAACCAUGGAAGGGCUUACGGAGUUAUAGAGUUGGGAAAAAAGUUAAUCGGUCAAUCUGACUUCACAUUGGCCGCUAUCCUCAAGCUGUUGGACGAGCAAGUGUUCCCGGCUGUGCCUCCCGCUUGGGCCGACCAGCUCACAGACAGCUUGAGGGAUGAUCUCAUUACGUUGCUCGGUGAUACAGGUGUUCUUAUAUUCCCUUCAGCGCCGAGCCCCUGUCGCCCUCACUACACCCUGUAUACUGGUCCAUUUAACUUUGCGCUAUGGGGUAUAUUCAACGCUCUUAAAUUCCCAGCUGUACAGGUGCCGGUGGGUCUGUCCGCCGGUCUGCCGCUCGGCGUCCAGCUGGUGGCGGCGCCUGGACGGGACGCGUUACUUCUAAAUGUUGCAGCAUACCUGGAGGAACACCUGGGAGGAUUCACACCACCUUGUGCUGUACCACUCAAUAAUGCUUAGCAGUCAAUAGGUGUCCGUCCAUUGUAAUAUGUAAAUUUAAGGUUAAAUGCUUACUCGUGUUGGAUAUAAUAUAUACAUUUAUAUUUGAGACUGUUAGACUGUAUUCAAUACAUAUAAUAUGUAUGUAAGGUGGUGGAGGUCAGCGUACGCCGAGCAAUAAAACUUCAUGUAAAAUGAGAAGAAA